AUGAAUUUAUACUUAGAAUAAGCAGCAGAAGAAAUUGAAUAAGCUAUUUCUGAUGCUGAUUAAUUAUUAGCCUUGACAAAAGCUACUAUUCAAAAAUUUACAAAUUAUCUAAAAAGAAAAUAAUAAGAAAAAUUGGAUAGAAGAUUUCAUGUUAAUGCUAUUAUGGAUGAAUCAAAUAGUAUGAAAUAACUAGAUAAAUAAUAAUUAAAUUAACUCAAAAUACUAGAAUUCUUCAAUAAAACUCAUAAAGAAAUUGAUAAAUAAUUAAGAGAAUUAAAAGAAAUGAUUCCCUCCAAUCCACAAACUUUCAUCAUAGAGGAUAUUAAUGAAUAAGAAUGUAUUAACAAAUAAACAGACUAAAAAUUAGUAUAAAAAGGAAUCCCUUAAGAAACUAAAUAUUUUCCAAUAUUUAAAUAAGUAUAAAAUGGAGGGCAAAAAAAUUAAACCUCCACAAACCUUAACUAACAUAAUUAAAUAAUUAAUUAAUUAAAUAAUCAGCAAUAAUAAUCAUAGUAAAAUUUAUUAGUAUUUCAAUAACAAUAAAGUAACUAAUAAUAAAAAGAAAAUAAUUAAUUAAAAAUUCAAAGUGCUCCUCAAUUAGAUUUAUAAACUGAUAAUUAAAAAUCUAAAUUUAAAUAAAACAAAGAUAAUAAUAAGGAUAAUAAUAAAGAUAAUAAUAAUAAAGAUUAAAUUAUAACAUUUGGAAGAUUACAAAAGUUUUCUUAUUAAAAAUUAUAAUAUCCAAAAAAAGAUGAAGGAAAUUGUAUUUUUUGUGGUUUAGAAGCAAAUGACUCUAAUUUAGGUCCUCUUUUGUAAAUCCCAUCUAAUAGAAAUCAAAAUGAUAAAUUUGAUUUACAUGAAAUGUGUGGAUUAUGGAGUUAAAAUUUAGUUUUCUUUAACAAAUAAGGAUAAUGUGAUCCUACUAAUAUUGAUGAAGAAGUUAAUAAAUCAAAAUAAACUGUAAUUAACAUUAUUUAAUUUAGAAAUGUUUCUUAUGUAGUAGAACUGGAGCUACUGUAUGUUGUGCUGUAUGUCCAGAGGCAUUUCAUUUUACAUGUCUCAUGAAAAGUUCUUCAACUGGUAUUUAAUUUUAUUAUUAAAAUUAUAGGAAAAUUAAUUGAAAGCCAAUUCAAAUUCUUUUGUGAUAUACAUAAAAAGAAAGCUAGCUAAAAUGAGAAAACAUCAAGUGAAGAGAAUAGUCAAAUUAAAAGACCUAAAAAAACAUCUUACAAACUUAAUUAAUCUAAAGCACUCAUUAAAACAAGUCCAAAAAGAAGUCCAAGACGAAGUCCUAGAAGAAGUCCUAAGAGAUUUAAAUCACCUUCCUCUAAACAAAUAAAAAUAUCUAAAUGUAUUAUACCAAAGGAUGAUAAAGAUGUACAUUAAAAUAAUUUGUAAGAUUUAAUGUCUCAAUUACUAAAAUAGUAUGAGACUACCUAACAAUAAAAUUCAUCAUUAAUUUAAGAAUCUGACUUAAAAUUAGAAGCAUGA